AUGUCUUCAGAUGACCUUAUAGAUACUGUACUGGGUCGUUUAGGGCGAUAUCAAGCGGUGAUAAUUUUUCUGGUGAUCUUGGGUCGUGCUCCAACUGAAUUUCAACUGGUGAACGUGGUGUUUCUUCUGCCAAACCCAGAAUAUGUUUGCCUGGACGAUGGGGCGGGUAAUGCGACUAAUUUCUGCCCAUGUAAAAAUCCCCAAUACAACACGGAUACGGUGAUGAGUUCAGUGUCGAGCCAGUUCAAUUUGAUUUGUGAUAGACUACAUUUGGCCAGCUUUGGACAGUCCAUGUUGCAAGGCGGGAUCCUGGUUGGGAGUGUUUUGUAUGGCUAUAUUUCUGACAGAUAUGGACGCAAAAUGUCAUGCCUUCUCUCUCUAAUAACUGAAGUCAUAUUCGUAGCGAUAUCUGCUGCGGUGACAGAAUUCUGGAUGUUUGCGAUAUGCCGUUUUCUAAUAGGAGCGUCCGUCGGUGGGAGCAUGCUGUGCACCUACGUAAUGCUCAUAGAGCUUUUGGGGAAAGCAUAUAGGCAUUACUUGCCAGGGCUGGCAGAAAUGGUGUACGUGAUAUGCUACCUCUUGCUACCAGUUAUUGCCUACUUUUUAAGCGAUUGGAAGCAUUUGCAGUUAGUCACAUCCCUACCGUGGGCUUUCGUCUUAUUGUAUUACUUCGUGAUACCGGAAUCUCCCAGGUGGUUGAUCACGAUGGGACGGAAGAAGGAAGCUACAGAUAUUUUAGUAAAUAUGGCGAAGAGACAGAACAUGCCAACAGAAAACAUAGAAGCAUUAGUGGAUAAGACCUACGAGGAACUAGUCAAGAAUGACGAGAAUCAACACGCUACGUACAUAGAUUUGUUCAAGACGCCAAAAAUACGGAUGUACACGCUAAUGACGUCAUUUGUAUGGAUGUGUUGUUCGCUUUCUUUCUUCGGUGUUAACCAAUACAUAGGCCGGCUACAGGGUAAUAUAUAUUUGAACCUACUGCUAUCUGCAACCAGCUUAAUCCCUGGAUUGAUAUUAGUGGUGUUGGCUUCCUACUACUUAGGCCGGAGAGUGAGUUUAAUAAUAAGCUUUAGUGUAGCAGCAAUUUCGCUGCUACUCUUCUUGGUAAUACCUAAAUCGAUGGGAGGUUUGAUAUUGGCGUUCGCGAUCAUCGGUUUAGUGGGUGCGCACGCGUCGUUUGUACAAGUGUAUUUGCAUACUUCGGAGAUAUUUCCGACGGUAGUGAGAAAUUCGGCUAUGGGCCUAGCAUCUGUUUUUGCGCGGAUCGGUGGGUUUAUAGCGCCGUUUGUAGUGAACAUCGGCACGGAAUGGAUCACGAUAGCCAUAUUUAGUGUUUUGGCCUUUUGCGCCGGUUUCGUCUGUUUGUUUUUACCGGACACGAAGAACAGACAGCUGCCAAACACGAUUGCGCAGACCGAAGCGCAGAAUGCGGAUGUGAAAAGUUAG